AUGACGGCAAUACUCUUGAGAUUGAGAAUGAACCGCCAACUUUUGGCAAACUUAGCUAUUAUCGAAACCAAACAGAAGCAGUUGAUCGCUACCAUGCAAGAAAGACAGAGUAAACUAAAAAGAGAACUUGAUAGGCGUGUUGCAUCUACUGCGGCGUUAUCGGUUAGCGAAGACGAAAAGCGACAGCUACUUAUAUCAGUUUGGCAGUUUGAGAAAGGAAAUUACACUCGAUUGGUCUACUUUUGUACUUUCUUGCCCUGUUCUUCUGUUGGCUGUGGUGAUUGUCAAGGGGGUAGCGAAGAAGGGAAUAAUCUUAGCGAUGGUAGCAACGACGGCAGUUUAACAUCCAGUGAUAAACUGAAUGCCAUUAAUUCCAUAGAUAAUUUGGUCUCUGAAUUUAGUAAAAAAUUAGCCAAGCUAUGUCGAGAAAUUCAGUUAUAUUUUGGCAAAUUGAGAUCUAUGUUUAUCAUCGCUUGCGAAGAACUAAAUACGCCUAACGGUCGUAGUUAUUGCUCUGAAAGUCUCGAGUCACCCUUUUACGGCAGUAUUGUAACUGAACUUGUCUCUGUUUUAAGGCAAACCAAUAGCAACCGUGAAAAAGAAUUUGCGGAAAUAUUACGCUCUUAUGCUACGAAACAGCCUCAGGAAUUAGGUGUACCGGUUAAAUUUUGUUUGAAGGACGAAACACGCAACACGAUACCCUACAUAAAGGCAAUUGAAAAUCUAUCGAAAUUAACUACACUGACCAGCCCAUCUAAGAAGUUACGGUGCUUAGUUCGAACAGUUCGAGCAAUUUUUGAAGCGGUUGACGAAUUCAACCGCCCAGCUAAAGGGAAAGGAAGGAAAACUCCUGCUACGUCUAAUAUGGGAUGUGAUGAUCUUCUUCCUAUAUUAAGCUUUGUGAUCAUCAAAGCUGCCAAUCCGUUAAUAUUAUCUGAAAGUACCAUUAUGGAAGAACUGAUUGAUGAUAGCUACUUGAUGAAUGAAGAAGGAUACUGUUUAACGUCAUUGCAAGCUGCUUUAGGCUACGUGACUACUUUACCUAUUGAACUCCCGAUCGUAAAAUAA